AUGGAGCGCAUCGACACCCACAGCCACGCCAUCCCGGCUCGAUGGCGCCAGCACUGUAUGGAUCUGGGAUACGGGGACACGGACGGCAUCUCGAUGGUACAGGACUGGACUGUCGAGGCGCACCUGGCGACCAUGGACAAGGCCAAGAUCUCAAAGAGCGUUCUGAGCAUCACCUCGCCGGGGACGCACCUGAAGCCCGGUGACGACGGCUUCGCUCGCAAGCUGACGCGCGAAACCAACGAGGACCUGGCCGAGAUCUGUGCCGCGCAUCCGGACCGGUUCGCAUUCUUCGCCAGCCUGCCGCUUCCGGAUGUCGAGGGUUCCCUCGCCGAGAUCGACUAUGCCUUGGACCGGCUGGGUGCCGUGGGUUUCGCGGUCAUGACCAACGCACACGCCGUCUACCUGGGCGAUCCCGCGCUGGACAGGGUGUUCGAGAAGCUGAACGCGCGGCGGGCCGUGGUGUUUAUGCAUCCGACGUGCUGUCGGGUGAACCUUGCAGCCGCCAACGGCAGCAGUAUCGCUCCUCAGGCGGUCGCUCCUCUGAGCCAGUAUCCGCGGCCCAUGCUCGAGUUCCUGUUCGACACCACCCGCGCCGUCAGCAACCUGAUCCUCUCCGGCACCGUGGCGCGAUACCAGUCCAUCACGUUCGUCGUCCCGCACUGCGGCGCCGCCUUGCCGCCGGUGCUCGAGCGGUGUGUUGGGUACACGCCGCGCACGGCCAACCCCAGCGUGCCCAUCACCAGCGACGACGUCAAACACCUGUUCAAAACGCGCUUCUUCUUCGACCUCGCCGGCUACCCGUUCCCGGACCAGAUCCACGGCCUGUUGCGCUUCACGGAGCCCUCGAGGCUGCUGUACGGGACGGACUAUCCCUUUUACAAGGCCGAGGCUGUAUACCGGCUGGGCGGGAUCCUGGAGCAGCGGGCGCCGGAGAUAUUUGACGAGGAGACGAGAAAGGGCAUCUUUGGUGCCAACGCGAGAAGGCUGCUGUGGCUCAAACUGAAAAGCCAUGCUUAG